CCGCUUCCCGGAAGUGGAGGGCUUCGCUUCCGGCUCCGAGCUGCUGUCCGAAGAUGGCGCCGCUGGACCUGGAUAAGUACGUGGAGAUCGCACGGCUCUGCAAGUACCUGCCCGAGAAUGACCUCAAGCGCCUGUGCGACUACGUGUGCGACCUGCUGCUGGAGGAGUCCAACGUGCAGCCCGUCUCCACGCCCGUCACCGUCUGCGGGGACAUCCACGGGCAGUUCUACGACCUGUGCGAGCUGUUCCGGACCGGCGGGCAGGUGCCUGACACCAACUACAUCUUCAUGGGUGACUUUGUAGAUAGAGGUUACUAUAGUCUUGAGACUUUCACUUAUCUUCUCGCACUAAAAGCUAAAUGGCCCGAUCGUAUCACGCUGUUACGAGGCAAUCACGAAAGCAGGCAGAUAACGCAAGUGUAUGGAUUUUAUGAUGAGUGCCAAACCAAAUACGGGAAUGCUAAUGCUUGGAGAUACUGUACCAAAGUCUUUGACAUGCUCACAAUAGCAGCUUUAAUAGAUGAGCAGAUUCUCUGUGUGCACGGAGGCUUGUCUCCAGACAUCAAGACACUCGAUCAGAUUCGAACCAUUGAACGUAAUCAAGAAAUUCCUCAUAAAGGCGCCUUCUGUGACCUGGUUUGGUCUGAUCCAGAAGAUGUGGAUACGUGGGCCAUCAGCCCACGAGGAGCGGGUUGGCUGUUUGGUGCCAAGGUGACCAAUGAGUUUGUCCACAUCAACAACCUGAAACUCAUCUGCAGAGCACAUCAGCUGGUUCACGAAGGCUAUAAGUUCAUGUUUGAUGAGAAAUUGGUCACGGUGUGGUCUGCUCCCAAUUACUGCUAUCGCUGCGGAAACAUUGCUUCAAUCAUGGUCUUUAAAGAUGUAAAUACAAGAGAACCAAAGCUAUUCCGAGCAGUCCCAGACUCAGAACGAGUGAUCCCUCCCAGGACAACCACCCCCUACUUCCUCUGAGCCGCCCCCGCCUGCUGCCCCCGCCCCUCCUUCUGCCUCUUGACAAUAUACUUUUUAUUAAGCACUUUGCUGCUGAAA